AUGACAUCAUCUCUUUAUGUUGGCCAAGAGAGUUAUUAUUCCAACAACUUUAUCAAGGACUUUACCGGGACAAAACGUUUGGUUGUGAGGAGAGGAGACUACAGCUGUAACUUGACCAUAUCCAAGACAGAGCCAGGGGACUCAGCUACAUACUAUUGUUCCACUACAGACAUCUAUGAGCAAACAUUUGGAGACGGAACUAUUUUAAUUGUCAAAGACUCAGGGUCCAACAGCAUGUCUGUGCUCCAGCAGCCUGUGUCUGAGUCAGUCCAGCCAGGAGACUCUGUGACCUUGAACUGUACAAUACACACUGAGACCUGUGUAGGAGAACACAGUGUCUAUUGGUUCAGACAUGGCUCAGGAGAAUCCCGUCCAGGAAUUAUUUACACCCAUGGAGACAGGAGUGAUCAGUGUGAGAAGAGCCCUGAGGCUGGGUCUCCUCCACAGAGCUGUGUCUACAACCUCCCCAAGAGGAACCUCAGCCUCUCUGAUGCUGGGACUUACUACUGUGCUGUGGCCUCAUGUGGGGAGAUGCUGUUUGGGAACGGAACCAAGCUGGACAUUGAGGACCAUAGAGCAGAUCCCCUUCUCUUGGUGUCCUGCCUGGGUGUAGUAUUGGGUGUCACGUUCACCUUGAUCAUUGUCCUGGUUUGCAUCAUGUACAAGAUGAACAACACAACAUGUGUGCAGUGCAGAGGACUCGUCUCACAGACCAGAGGUCCUGCAGUUACCAGGUCAGACACAGGGGACCAAGAUGGAGACAGUCUCCAUUACGUAGCUCUGAAUCUGAGCAACAAGAAGAACAGGUCUAGAAGACAGAGAGGUCACAUGGAGACAGUGGUGUACGCUGGGAUCAGACAGUAGAACUGGAUGAAUGAACCAAUGAACCUUUUAUACUAGAUAACCCUUUAAUAACUCGUUCUAGCUUCAUUAACUAUCUAUGAACGCAUAAGCAGUCAAAUGUGAUGAAAACAGUGGUCAUAGCUUUUUUGUUAUUCAAUGUUGAAAUAAUUGAUUGCA